AUGGAGGUAUAUAAGCUGACUGAUGAAGACCGCGAGAAGCUAUCCGAUGUUGACAAGAUGAGUGAAAUCAUCAACAAAUUCUCUUGCUCUGAUGCGAAUGUGUCUGAAAAAGCACUUGAAGAAGCUGAUGAGCUGUUAAAAAAGAUCACUAAAAAUGGAAGUGCGGUUAAUAGAACGUUAAUUAAUAAGGAUGUAUCGAGCACAUCGGUGGGUAAGUUGGGUCAUUUUGUCUCACUUGCCUCUUGUGUCUGCUUCAAAAAGAAGUUUAUUUCUCUUCCGUGGAGGGUUGACAAAAAACUUCCGUGCUUUGUAGGUCAGAGCGUCAAUGGUUCUGGACCGGCGCAAAUGUCCGUGGAGGCCUUCAAGGCGCAGGUUACUGCAGAUGCUACAGAACGCUCUAGACGUCGAGCAAGGUGUCGAGCCAAAGCAGAGGAGUAUAAAAAGCAAGCAAAUGAGUACUUUAAAGUCGGAGAUAUGGAAACAGCAAUUAAAAUGUACACAAAAGCCAUUGAUGUUUGUCGAGACUGGGCUGUUCUCUACAACAAUCGGGCUUUGGCCUAUCUCCGUGCAGGUCGUCCGGAGCUUGCAUUAUCGGACUGCGAUUUGGCACUCCGUCUUCUCCCAGCGGAACCAAAAACCACUCCCACAGAAAUCGGUGAGGAAGCGGAUGCAGCUCGAGACACAAACCAACAAGCAGCAAAGGCCUGUCUCCGUCGUGGCAAAGCCCUUCUUGUGUUACGUAGACCGCGUGAUGCCUUAAGUGCAUAUGUCGAUGCAAGAGCCUUUAACGCCUUUGCACACCACCCUGCAACUGCGGUCAUGCCUGAAUUUGAUUCAGACGUGUGGCCAUCCUUUUUGCGCGAGGGCGUUGCUCAAGUCAAAGCCGCUAUCGCCGCCGAUAGCCUAGAUUCCCAAUCAUCAGUUCAACUCUCUCCUUCCGACAAUGACAAACCUAUGCUUCUCAAGGCGACAGAGGAGCGCUUCCUCCGCUUGAUAACUGAGGCUGCCGUGUUUGGUCGUCAGUUGCGUCACUACACUUCGGCUCUGCGCCAGAUAGCAGCGCUGUUGAGUGCUGCGAGUGUAGCUGCUAACCUCCCUCCAACUAAGAAUCUAACAGAGGGUGGGGAAGAAGCAGCAAAAGGAACGGAGGUUGUGACCUCUCCCAAUGGGGACCAAACGGGUCCAGAACGUGAUGAAUGUCACCGAAAAGGAGGGGGAAGAGAGUAUGCAAAGGCUGUGUCGCUGAGGGAUGGAGAUGCCGUUGAGACAGAUAUCGAUGAGAUAGCCACACUGGCAAAGCUGCAGUCCUACUUCAGAGUUAGAAAUGGUUUCGCUAUGCUGGAGUCGCAGAUGAAGCGUUUUGAUGCUUCUGGUAUAGUGAAGCUAUUCCGCCGACCAGAUGGCGCUGCUACUGAAAGUCCAUCAAACCACAGUGCGGAGGACAUUUUAGCCAUACUGGAUCACCUGUUGAGCCUCAUCACCGUAUGCUACCAACUCUCUCGUGAUUGCGGCGAAAAUCAGCGUCUUUUGGUGGAAACUAUGCCACAGCUCUUCUCCACCCUCCUAAUUGACUGUCUCAAGGUUUCACCCUCGUAUGCGAGACUUCCCAUCUCAUCUACUACGGCACCUGGGACUGCUGCCAGACAAGAACUGCAAUUACAUCACCUCCUGGGUCUGCUUCAAUGUUCUGCCUGUGACCUUAUUGCAUUAAUGUCUUGCGAGGCCAGUGGUCGCGAGGGUCUGCUCACUUAUCCAGGACCUGCCGUCCUCCUUUCCGCUCUCGCGACUUGCCUCUCCGAUGCCCUCGGGGUACCUCCUGCCAUUCCUGCCCCCGGGCUCUCUUUUUACCCACCUCCGAAAACGCGGACUACUUCAGUUCAUCAACGUUCCCUUGCCGACUGCUUUGCCACGCAGACUGUAGCGGCUGCUGCAAAGAUUCUUGAAAAUAUCGCCAAGAGCCCGCGUUUCUUGAUCAUGGUUCGUUCGUCAGAUUGUUUUACUAGCGUUCAAAAUGUUAUUGAAGCUGCUAUCGCUCCCGCUCCCGGCAAUGGAAGUUCCACUACCGCCACAUCCGCCCCCGUCACGUGUCUUUCACUCCUUCUCGACAGUCUCUCAGCAGCUUCGGAUGACUCCAUACUGCGCCGCACCAUGAUCACCAAACCCAACUUUCUCAUUAAUCUUGCCAAUUGUGCCAUCCGACAUGUUCCUCUCAUGGUGGAUGAAAGUCACACGGCGUUGGUGGGCUCUCUGUGUCGCCUUCUUCACAACUUUCUUUCUGGUGAACUACACAUAAAACUCUCGCGUACAGAAAUGGAAGCACUGCUUACUCUCGUCGGUGAUAUUCUCGAUACACCUUCGCACAGCUCUGCACUGAUCUCUGUCUCCAUUGCCCUCCUUGGUCGCUUCAUGCCUCUCUGUACUGCUGAUUUGGUUGAGAAAUGGAGUCACUCUGGUAGGGAUGCACCAGAUUUGCCUAAUAAGAAGUCAUCUUCUUCCAUUCCUCGUUCUACCUCGACGUUGGAGAGGGCUUCUCCUCCCCUCACUUCAAGCACUGUAAACGGCACCACAAAGGUGUACGAGUCCACAGAGAGUCUGACGGGUCAUCGACUUCGUGGCGCAAUUCGGGCACUCUCCACCAUCACGCGGGCUCCGGGAUGCGGGGACGUGCGCAUAGCCAUCGGGGAUGAUCGACUCGUUGCCCGCAAAGUUGCUCUCUUGGUGCGCGCCCGCGCUCCACCCACUACCGAGGCAGAGGGGCGUUCCCCACUCUACGAUGAACCCUUGGCUGCCAACGCUUGCCUCAUCCUGGAGGCAUGUGUGGAUGACACGGUGCUGGCAGAGAAUCUUAUUGGCACUACAAUCAUCAUGGAUCUACUUAAACUUACUCGAGAGGCAAAGAAACCUCAGACAAAGCGCAACGCCAGCUGCGUAAUUGCACGCCUGUCUCUGGCGAGCCAUGUGCACCGCGAGGAGAUGUCUCGUCUGGAUGCGAUGUCGCAGUUGGCGCGAUUCAACUCGUGGAAUGUCGAUACUGCGGAGCGUGAACCGGGCAUGCUGUUCUAA